CGCUUUCUCAUCUUCCAUCGGGGAGGACUGACGGCCUCAGUCGGGCUGGAUGUCACGGACGCUUCCACCUGCGCCGCUGUCGAGAAAGUCUUUCUUUCGAUCGUUCUCUGGUCGUGUCGGGAGGACGCUGGCCUUCCCUCGUUCACGGACGGCGUUCGAUUCGUUCUUCCCAAGGUGGACGAUGUCGGAAACGCUGAUGCAUGCUGUUUCGGUGUUAUGGAGACAGUGCUGGAUGCAAGACUCUCGAUUCGGGGCCGGAACACUCUUGUUGGAGCUGUUGCUGUCAAUGACUUGGGGUUCCCGUCUGAUACCCCAAAGCCCGGAGUCC